GCCUUCUUCUACCGGAUCUUAGCUGGGAACAAAACCAGACGACAUGGACAGGUUGAUUUCGACCUACAUUCUUGCUCAGACUGAUUCACAGGAGCAGGCCGAUGCUGCCAUUCAGGACAUUGUCAAGGACGUUGGCACUAACCCUGCAAAGUUACUCAGCCUUGUGCAAGGUCUUGGGGAAUAUCUCACAAGUGACGAGGCCUUUGUCCGCUCAAAGGCAACGGCGCUACUAUCUACAACGCUUGCAACCCUUGAUCAAUCUAAAGUCACUGGCAGUGCAGUAAAUGUCCUUGUUGAGUUUUAUUGUGAUCGUCUCACAGAUCAGGCGUGUGUACCAGAGCUCUUGAAGGGUCUACUCGCCUUAUCCAAGUUUGACAAGUUCACAAGCGUCGACUGUAUCAAAGCAGCCAAGGCUAUCCUCGCAUUGGUCAACGUGCAAACAUAUCAACAGACAGCGCGACACUUCGUAUUUUUGUUUUUCGAAUCUGUACUUAACCGACAUACACAGAGUCUCAAGACCAUGUCUUCGGAUUUUGUGUUUGGGUUCAUUCAAUGCUUGGACGGAGAGAAGGAUCCUCGUAAUUUGCUCUUAGCAUUUACUCUGAUAAAAAAGAUUAUUCAGGAAUUUGACAUUGCUCAGCAUGUGGAGGAUCUGUUCGAGGUCACAUUUUGCUAUUUCCCGAUCACAUUCAGACCCCCUCCUGACGAUCCAUAUGGCAUUACUUCGGAGCAUUUGAAGAUCGGCUUGCGCGAUUGCCUCGCAGCCACCCCAUACUUUGCAAAAUUUGCGUUGCCAUUACUCCUUGAAAAGCUUUCUUCCAGUUCAGGUGGUGCGAAGAAAGACUCUAUGGAGACAAUUGCGGCGUGCGCGCCUGUUUAUGGGUCAUCUGCGCUUACACCAUAUGCAGAGGAACUCUGGAGUGGACUACAAAACGAGAUCUUUCAUGCCACAGGGGAUGAGCUUGAGCAGGUUGCGCUCAACACAUUACAGGUUAUUACAGCUGAGUUAUCCAUGGGAGUGAGCUUGGGUGGAUCGAACGAUCCUGUUGAAAAGUUCCUAAGGCCCAUCAUUACUGAUUGCAUGACUCAGCUUCAGCAGCCAGAGCUUAAACUUGCUAAGCCCAGUGGAAAAAUUUUGAAAGCCUGUGCUAUGGCUUCAGAUCCCGCGUGCACUUCCAUCACCCUUGCCACUAUUCCAACCCUUCUCUCUCAAUAUGCUGCUAGCGAGCAGUCAACAAGAAAAAAAGCACUUCUGGAUGUUCUUCUUGACUUUUUAGAAGCUAGCAGGGUGCUUUACGGUUCCGCAGGAAAACCAUCAGAACACGACACAGACUUUGUAACACCUCUGCUUACCUUCAAGGACCGUUUCUUUGAGCUUUUUACCGGCGCUAUCAUGUCAUCCAACGAAUACAACGCUUUGAGACUAGCUGGAGUUAAGGGUCUUCAUGGAAUGAUUUUGCUCCGUGAGUUUUUAUCAGAAACAGAGAUUUCCUAUGCUGUUCAGUAUUUUGUCCGCAUAGUACUCGAGGAUCCCGACACUGAGCUUCAGGAAACUGCAUUGAAGUCGCUGGCGUCACUCGCAUCAAUCAUGCCUGGAGUUGUUCGAUCAAUUGCUUUACCAGCCUUCUUCGAAAUGCUUCCAACGUCGCAAAAUGACAUGGAUGUGGAUACAAUUAUUCAGAAAAAGAGCCCAGAGUAUAUUUUGAGCGCUGUCACCAAGAUAGGGCAGGAGCCUACAUUAUUUGCUGAUGUUGUGCCUCAGAUUCUGGAGAAAAUUGAACUUAUCUUGCGUGAUUUUGCUGGUGCAAACACUACAUAUCCUAUAAGCUUACUCACAACUCUCCUAACUCUACUACGUGCAAAGGCUGAGAACGACCACUCUGACCUUCCUCAGUAUCUCAAUCAGUUGGUGCCUCACCUUAUUGGCAUGUGUGUCUUACCAACUGUUUCAUCUGAUGAUGGCAAUCACAUCAUGAAAAAUGCAGAGAUCUUGGAUGUCGUUGCAGGAAUCACUCGUGUUAUCAUGAUUCGAGUUGAUGCUAGUGCCCAAAACGAUUUUGUCAAAACUAUUUUCGGCAUUUUCAUGAAUGGAGACCUCUCAGCGCUGCCCAGUACUACCCAAUAUGCCCAGCAAGUACCCUUCACUCCUCUUCUUGCAAAUUCAAGGGUUUCCCAACAGAACACUAGUAUCUUGUUUGCCACUGUUAUUGAUGGCUGUCGUCAACAGACUGUCUUGCCUGUCGAAGACUUGCAGCAGUUUACAGGAUCCCUAGUCGAAGUAGCUAUUCAAACUGCAAAUCCAAUCCAACGCAUGGCAUUGUCAAAGACUGUCGCAACAAUCCUUAACAAGUUUAACAAACGAGAUGCUCUUCAACCUUUCAUCGUACAACAAUUGAUCCCAUUGUUGCAUACUAGGAUCCAUCAGGAGCAAGCAUUGUUUGAAGAAAGAGAAGCUGCGUUGAUCAUGUAUAUCUGGGUGACAAAGGCCAUGGUCCUGAGUACCAAUGCAAUCGGAUACGACAUGGGAGGAGAAUUGAUGAAUAUAUUUUCUAUACCACGUCUUGGGAAGGUUGCUGCAGAUGGAUUCAAUCUGGUGAUUGGAGAGCAACAUGAUGUUUUGACUAAAGAGACCUUUGCUGUCAUCAGGCUCCUGUAUAAACAACGUUUCUUUAACUAUUGCAUCCCAGUAUUAGUUAAAGGCUUCGAGAAUUCAUCGGAUGAAGUGCGGCAUAACUUUCUGAUCGCACUCUCGCAUGUCCUUCGCAAUAUCCCCAAGCAAGUCUUACUCACGGAGCUCCCGCCUCUGGUACCAAUGUUGGUGCACUCGCUGUCUUUCCCAGAUCCAGAACUUAAAGCCUCAACUAUCGAAACUUUUCAAGUCAUUACCAAGGAUGCACCUAAUCUUAUGGCUGAUCACCUUUCCACAUUGACGCCACUGUUACUCGACCUCACAAACGCUUCGGAUCCUGCAAAUACAAUGAAAGUGAGGACGGCAGCGUUGAAGUGUUUGGGCGCUCAACCAAAAUCGUUGCCCUUCACUGCGCUCAGGCCUUACAAAACACAUGUAUUAAAAGAGCUGGAAAAGUCGCUUGAUGAUCGCAAGAGGAUGGUUAGACGAGAAGCAGUGGAGUGCAGGAGCCAGUGGUUUACAUUAAAUGGGAGCAUUGGAAGUGCCUAGAGUAUAUUAAUAAAAA